UGAUCGUGUAGAAUGGGUGCUUGCAUUGGAAUAACGAGGGCAAGGACUGCCUCUGUAGAUGAUACAUCAGCUAAUUCAACUAGAACACAAUCAGGUAAUUCUCGCAAAAAUCAUCCACUUUGCCAUGAAAUAAUCAGAUGGAAAUCAGAUGUACCAUUAACUGAAGGACAAUUACGCAGCAAGCGCGAUGAAUUUUGGGAUACAGCACCAGCAUUUGAUGGUAGAAAAGAAAUAUGGGAUGCAUUAAGGGCCGGUGCAACCGCUGCAGAAGCAGCAGAUUAUCAAUUAGCACAAGCCAUACUUGAUGGCGCAAAUAUAUCCGUACCAAAUGGAUUUCUAACAGAAUGUUAUGAUGAACUAGGAACUAGAUAUCAAGUACCAAUUUACUGUUUAUCAUAUCCGAUAAAUAUUGUUAAAGAAGAUAGCGGUAGAGAUUCACCAGCUGAUUGUUCAGAACCUGUUGAUGGUGGUAUAGAAAUCACAUUAAAAUUGAGACUGUCAACGACUCUUGCAGAUGUUAAACUUCCGGUUUACAGUAAAGAUACUAUUGGAAUUGCUAAAAAGAAGCUUCAGAGUCAAGAAGGACUAGAACCUUCAAAACAAAGAUGGUUCUUUGGAGGCAAAUUACUUGGUGAUAAAAUGCACAUAGAAGAAGCUAAAAUACAACCCGGAUAUGUUAUUCAAGUAAUUGUUAAUGCUGAAAAAGAUGAGAGUCCUACGAGGAAUAGUUGA